UUGAAUUUUCAAGUUAGUAUGUUGAAUUUUCAAGUUAGCAACUCGAAUUUUCAAGUUAGUUACUUGAAUUUUCAAGCUAGUAUGUUUAAUUUUCAAGCUAGUAUGUUUAAUUUUCAAGUUAGUAUGUUGAAUUUUCAAGUUAGUAUGUUGAAUUUA